AUUUGUAAAUAUGGCGCGGGAGCACUAUGCGCUUGUGGACCGCAGUUUCUAAGUUUGUUAUAAUUAUUUGGAGUUACCCGCGACAUUAUUUUAAGCUGCGGUUCGCUUAAACAAUUACAAAGAUGACGGCAGAGGUUGUACCAGUGUCUCGGCUGUCAUCCUGCAAAGAUGAGGAGUUCGACAAAGUCAUCAAGGAAAUGUCGCUUCAAGACACUGAUGGAGAGCAUCUCAGGGCUGCAGAAGGAGAUGGCCAAGGAGCAGGAGAACUUCAACUCCCUCAGCGCAGAGCUCCAAAGUAUGAAGAGCCGGAACUCCUCCCAGUACAAGUCCAUCUCCAAGGAGAUGGUGACAUCACAGACGAGACUCACGCUGCUCAUGAACAGAAGCAUGAAAUGCUUCGCACAGAUGCGAGUUGCAGAGCAAAACUUACAGCAAGGAAAACAGCAGGGCCAGGUACAGCUCCGGAGACGAAAUUCCGCAAAAGGGGACCAACCCUCCUCACCUACCAAAUCCUCCACCUCCGUUCAGCGCAGCAAAUCUGUGUAUAUUCCACCCCAGCCCGAUCCAGACCCUCCUGCGACCCGAAUCAUAAAAGCUGGAAGCAGUGCACUGAUUAACCAAAAUCCUAAACCUUCAAAACCUUACACUCCCGUGAUUCUCAAUGGCACCUUGACAACCCGACCUCCCUCUGGUGCACGCGUACCUGCUGACAGGGUUAAAGGUCAGGUGCAUAUGGUUAAUGCAAUUAAUAAACCAACUAGCAAUGGUAUACAAAAGCUUAUCAUGCAAGACAAUACUCAGAAUAACUUGGCGCCGGUCACUAAUGGGUCUAAUGGGGAGAAAGAAGCUUUGCAAAUAUUGCCCAGUGUCCGAAUGUUGGCUAAGAAUUUCACUGUGUCUGAGAAAUCCAUUGAUUCAAAUGUGGCUAAAAGUAACAAGCCAAAAUUGGUGAAACUUAGAUCAAGCGAAUCUAUGAGGAUUGAGAGACCUGUUUCUGAUGGAUUAGUGUUUUCUCCCAAACAGAACAAUGAUGCAGUUAUGAAUGGUACACGAAGCGAGCAGACGUCAUCUGGGAGACAUGUCGUGUCAACUGUUCUCAAAUUUGAUCCGUCUCCAAGGUACAAAUCCACUGACAACUUGUCACAAUUUGGUAUGACAUCCCCUCGACCUAGAACCAACUCCAUACCGAGGGUCAUUACUGUUGCAAGCAGUGCAAGGGAGGUAACUCAAGCUAACAAUGUCAGUUCCCCCACAAAUAAAGUGACUUUGACAAGUAAUGGUAAAACUUGGAACAGUACCCAAAAGGACAACCAGCAAACCACAGCAAAUGUGAAAACAAACGAAAACAAAGUGGUAGUGAACAAUUCUGUUAAGUCAAAUAAAGUUGAGUAUAACAUGUUCCCUGGCAAAGGUGCCUUGAUGCAGGAGAUUGUGUCUCGGAGGAAGGACGGUGACACAGAUACAACAAGGAUUGAAGUCAAUGAACAUGUGUUGAAAUCCAAACCAGUCGACACAGCAAUGUCAUCAAAGCAGACGACACCAUCCACACAGCAGACGGCAACAUCCAAGCAGCAGACGGCAAUAUCUGAACAGCAGAAGCCAGUCAGUAACUCUGUCACAACCAAAGUGUUCAUAUCGGCAGAGGAUUGCAAAGCAGAGCCAUCGCAAGUGCAAGGGAUUACUGAGAACCGAUUGGGAGGUGUUCCGAGUAACGGCGAUGCCUCCACCACACCCACGCCCGUGGUCGUCAAGAGUGGAGGAUCUCAAGGACCGCCUGAAAAACCAGCGAGGAGAUCCCGGCCUGAAUCCCAGAACCUGAACAAGGGGAGAGAACUCACACAGGCACCAGGUCCCCCUGUAGCACCAACCCCCACAGACUCCGGCGCCAAGCUGAAGCAGGAGGACCAGGAAGAUGAUGAGGUCACUCCCAGGAUCAACCUUCGCAACUGGGACCCGAGUGCGGUACUGAAGGAGGUGUAUUCAGUGCGGCUGAUGGAAGACAAUGCCGAGGACAUCUCUCACCAGUUCAUCGCCAUGGAGGGAUACAUGGAGAAGUUGCCAAUGAACAAGAAGAAGUCGACGUUGCUGAAGACAUGGAAGAGGAGGUUCUUCAAGGCUGUGGACGGAUGGCUCUACUACUAUGAGUCCAGUAACCGGGACAAGCCGAGCGACACGGUACAGCUGAUGGGGGGACGGAUCGACGAAAUGAGCAACAGAAUCCUCGGGAUCGACGAUGGAAGGGGCAAGUUCCUGAUGGUGCGGUGUCCGACGGAGCGUGAACACGGGCAGUGGAAGUUGGCGCUGGAAUCUCAGACUGCAGACAAUACUAAAGCCAACUACAUCCGCCCCGCCCUGAGAGCGAACCCUCAUCCCCAGAAGAAAGUUGUGAUCAUUGACCUUGGCAGCACGUCGGUACGAGCCGGUAUACUGGGUGACAAAGCAACCCUGCCCAUGUUGUUCUUCCCAAGUGUUGUUGCAGUCCACAAAACAACAGAUGAGUUGGUUGUUGGAAGCGACGCCUACAAGCCAAGCGUCCGGCUCCAGUCCGUCAUCUCGCACCCCAUCAGCCCUUCCAACAAAGUCGACAAGUUCAACAUUGACAGCAAACAGAUGCCAGCUGUGUUUGACAAGAUCUUUAAAGAUCUUGGUGUCAACCCCUCACAGUAUAUGGUGAUGAUCAGCACCCCACAGAGUCUCGGAGACAACCUGCGGAAGAGCCUGAUGGAACUGUUGAUGUCACGUCACCAGGUGGCAGGGGUGUGCAUGGUGCAGCAGUCACUUCUCUCCCUCUACUCCUACAAUGCCACGUCUGGCAUCAUCGUCGACAUUGGGGAGAGGAUAGAGAUCUUGCCCAUAUUUGAUGGCUUUGUCAUCGAGGGUGGGAUGGCCCGUCUCCCGUACGGAGCCCAGAAGGUUCAGGACACGCUGCUGCUCUCCCUCCUAGCCAACAACUACAAGUUCUCCUCGUCUGUGGAGAAACUCCUCGUCAGAUACGUCAUGGAGAAGAGCUGCUAUGUCGCCCAGAACUACAAGGAGGAGGUCCAGCGGUGCCAGAUGUCCCCAUACUCCAUCAAGACCACCACCAACCUCGACAACUUCAACCUGCCGCCAGAAGCUUACAAGAGUGUGACCCAUGAUGACAGUCGGUUCCGGAGUCCGGAGGGGCUGUUUGACACAGACAUGUGGGAGAUGGACUUCCCCAACCUCCACAAGCUGGUGUUCCAAGCCAUACAGGCAUGUCCCAUGGACAGUCGCAGGCGAAUGUUCAGGGCUGUCUACCUGAGUGGUGGCGUGACCAUGAUGCCAGGAUUCACAGACAGAUUACAACACGAGCUGAUGAAACUAGCACCACCUAGUGUCCCCGUAGAGGUUCAUGCUGCGCCUCAGCGUUACCAUGCAGCGUAUGUUGGAGCGUGUGCAGUGGCUGGGAUGGCGGAGUUCGAACACAUGUGUAUAUUACGUGAAGAAUGGCGGGACCACGGUGUCAAGGCUUUCAGGAAGUGGAAUGCUCCAUCGUCUUAGCCUCAUUAUAACAUCAUAACAUUCUUGGAGACACAUGAAGUAAUCCUUGUGAGGUGCUGGAAGUGUACAACCUGACACCCCUGGGAUAUGUGGAUUAAUAUUGUAGGGGUGUGGAUCUGUACUACCUUACAUCUUUCAGAUUCAUGGAAUAUUCCUGUGAGUUUGAGAAUAUGUACAACCUGACACCCCUCAGAUACAUGGUAUAUUCCCAUGGGUGUGUCAAUGAAUACAGCCUGACAUCCCUCCAAUAUGUGGAAUAUUCCUGUAAAUCUGUACAACCUGACACCCCAUAGAUACAUGGAAUAUUCCUGUGGGUUUGUGGCUGUACAACCUGACACCCCUCAGAUACAUGGAACGCUCCAGUUAAUGAAUGAGCAGACGGAAGUUUCUGUUUCAUAUGCAUGUAUGUAUCAAAACAAUUGUAUAAGUUUGUAAUUUAUUUAAAAUUGUAUUAUAUUUAUGCAUACACAGAAUGAAUAGUAUGUCAGUGAGUGGUUAGUAUGGGUACAUGUAUGUAUAUGCUUAUUUGGACUGUCACUGGACAUCUAAACAUCAAUGUAUAUGGGAAAAUCGAUACCAAUUUUGUGUAAAGGCUUAAAAGGAUAAGUCUCCAAAAAUGUAUUCCAACCACAGUGCUGAUCAAAAUGUAUGUAUCAUUGACACUUUGGUCAAAAGUUUGAAUCUAAAAUGCCAUUUUUUAACUUUUUGAUGAACAUAUUCACAAGACUUAAGUAUGUUGUUCAUUUUGAGAAAUUGGUUAUAAUUAGGGUUGGGUAUUGCCAAAAUUUUCGUAUUGCGAUAUGUUGUGAUAUGUGUUGGCGUAUUGCAAUAUGUAUUGCAAUAUAUUGUGAAAGUGUAACACAAGGUUUAAGGUAAUGAAAUUACUGUUUCCUUUCUUUUGAAACAAUGACACUGACCACUGUCAGGACUUAGAUGUGAUUGUACAAGAGAUCAAUUGAACAGGUUUCCAAACUGAAGGCUUCACUUUGGAACUACAGAAAGAGAUUCUGUAUGGCGUCUGCCAUUUUGGUUUGUUCACCCCUACAACGAGUGCCGGUACCAAUUCUAUUUUGUUUUAUUCAUAUGGUUUAUAAGUCACGCAAAUGAAAUUAUACAACCAAUAAACAUUCUCAAAACUAUUAAUGUAUAAUAAUAUAAAGGAUAUACAAAUGUUAUUAGUAUAUUAUUACUACAUCACGAAAAUUACCGAUCAUGGUCAUGGAAAUUGCUGAUGGUAUCGGGUGAACCGGUUCGCGAAAAGUGUACCGCAAUAUAUCGUAUUGUGAAGUUCGAAUUGCAAUAUACCAGUUAACUGGUAUUAUCGCCCAUCCCUAGUUAUAAUACUCGCCACCAUUAAUUAAUAUAUAUGUUAGGAUGUGAAAACUUCCAGCCAAUGACAGCCCUAAUGUGGCUAUAUAUCUGCAGAUUUGAGUGUAGGAAGUUGACAAUGUGUGCCAGAUAGUCCAGUUGGUUGUGUGUUAGUUGGUGAUGUGCAAGAUUAACAUUUAAUUCCCACGUCAAGUCAUGCAGAAAGUAGCGUCAAACUAAACUUUAUACUUUCUAACUGAUAUUUGCAGUUUUAAUUUUUAUUGCCACUGACCAAUAUUUUGUAUAUUUGAGGGUCCUGUUUUAUGUGUAAAUAACUGAUGUGGCUAAACAGCAAUGUGAUGCCAGGCCAAUAUUACGAUAUGUCCGAGACAUGGAGAGAAAGUAACCAAACUCAUUGGCUCUUGUAUUGCUCAAGUGUAAUUAGUUAAAGCAUUUUGUGUGAGAAGGCUGAGUUUGCAACCAUAUUCUGCCAAGCCUGCCCAUUUUGAGUUGAAACAUUCCAGUGUUUUCAUGUUGAGAUUUGAUAGCACAGGUGGUCCUGUGAUGCAGUUCACUAUGUAGAGUUGUGUCCGUUUGUUUCAGGAUCCAUGAGUUUGAAUCUUAAACCUGAAAUAUAACUGUCCAUGAAUUUCACUUUGGGCUUGAUCCCAGAUUAACUGACGUAUCAUAGUGUAACAGAAAUACUUGCAUAAAUCUACAUUCACUUUCUCACUUUGGUGAGGUGGGCAAGGUGUCAGAUUCUCAUCAAAUUAUCUCUGGUUUGAAUCCAAGGUCACCAUUGAACUGGAGCCCCAAAGUUUCAGUUCCUACACAUAUGUUUAUGAACCAGGAUGAGAAGGACGGGGAUGUGUGUCAUGCCUGGGAGACUUUUAUAACAUACAUUUGUCAUUUCAUCUCACUGUAACUACCAUUUCUGUCUUGUACAUAAUCAAAGAAUGUUGUGUGUGUAUUUAUGUCUUUGUACAUUGAAAGUUGACGUCUCCCAGUGGGUACCUGCAGCUAAUGAGAGGGAGCUUGUGGAUGUAUUUCUUUAAGUAGCGUUUGUCUAUUUUCCAUUCCUCUGUCAGUGGAAUUGUGUGGGAGUUUUAUUAACGGUCAGCGGGUGUGUCAACACUGAUGGUCGGAUUUUAUUUUAAGGUUGUCUUUGAUAUUCCCUCAAAGACAUUUUGCAUGAGUCACCAUUAUCAAGAAAUAUUCUAAAAGGUACCUAAACUUCAUCAUGUACUGCAAUCUUGACAUUUUAUAUUUAUCAAUAAUAUUUUCUUAUUCUCUCAUUUUGUUUACUCUUCUCACCUGUCCCUUCAUUACUCUUAUUAACUGAAACAAAAUAUUACGAUACUAAUUUUUGUUCGGUACAUAACGUAAGUGAAGACAGGGUAUCUUUAAUCUAACAACUUCACUCUACUGAUAUGUUUCCCUUGCUGUGUUAUAUAACAAAAUUACAUCUCAUGACGGUAAGGUGGGCCUGGAGUUAAAGUGCUUGCUUACUUGAACGAGACUUGGUUCCUCCGAACCAUUGUGGAUACAAGUAACAGAUUCAUCCUCCUAUUUCAUGGUUGUUGGCACCGUACUGUUGGAAUAAACCGAAGUACUAAAUGCCAAGGAUGUGCAGCAAGUCUUGCAUGAUGCUGAAAAGCCAUGUUUUAAGUGAAAUACUUUUCAAAGUUGUGUUACAAAAUCACUUUUUCUCCAAAUAAACAUCAUUCUGAUAUUUGCCACUGAUAGUCUUAGCAAGAGCUUGUGUGGUUUAUACUACUCAUAACAAGUAAAGACUACACAUUCUGUCAUACUGGUAAUAUGAAGGAUUGAAGUGUUCUUAACUACUCUUGAGUUAUACAAGCUUUUCAGUGGGUAGACCAGCAGUGUGAUCAGUGAAUGAUACAAUAUUGCAAUAUUAUUAUCUGAUAUUAUUACACAUGCAUUUAUGAUUUAAUCGGCAAUUUUAAUACAUUUUAGAUAUACGUUGAUUGGCUUUUCUUAUGCACCAAACCAACAGCUGAGAGUGUACUUUGUACAAACUUUUACAUAUAUGAUAGUUGUCACAAUGAAUGAGAGCAUUUCGAAAUGCGGCAUUGUAUCAAUCGAUGUACAGAAAGAUGUACUGUCAAUAUUAUUGUACUUCAGAAAUGAAUGUAUCUAAAAAAAUGAAAUAAAGAUACUUGGUUGUAAUAGUAAUACAACUGAUAUAAUUAUAUUUUAAAUAUUUCAUCAUGUAAAGUCUCUAUGAUUAAGAGACUGUGAAGUAUGGAAUCUCUGCCUGUGAAAUACUCCAAGUUGUGUUCAAGUGAGAGAUGAACAAGUCAUUUUAUGAAGCUUCUAUCAAUAUCGAUAACAUGCUCUAGAUGCCCUGAAAUUUUCUGGUUAGAGACAGGGAUUUCCUUAACAGAUUCUGGAUGUGUGUUCCAUGAUAGAGUAUGCGAAUGCUGUGGGUGAAGAUUUUUCAGCCAGAACUUCUAACUUUUCAAAAUGCAAUAGUUCAUAGUUUUACAACUGUUUGAAUUACAUCUGUUAUAUACAUGGUGUGUUAAUCAACAUUUCAGACAAGCAUUAUUUCCACCUAAUGCCUUUGUAUCCUGUACCCAUUUCACCAAGGAAUCGUAGUAGUAUAAAUGUCGUGGAUUGCUUUGUGUCAUUCAUCUUUGGUGUUUAUUCAAUAGUUAUUUGAAGUGACAAAAUACAGGGGAAAGACCCUUCAUAUAUAGCUCCAUCUCUUUUCAUUUACCUCAUAAAGGUCAAGUAGCUCUUAAAUGGCAUCAAAAGAAUAAAAAGUUGUUUUCAAUACAAAAUACCAUGUAUACAUGUUCCUUGAACAUUUUAAUGCCUGUCAAAGAAUACAUGAUUGCUAUGAAUGUUGAAAUAGUCUCAAGUUCUUUAAUUCAUGUCAUUGUUUUUUGUUUUUAAUUCUAUAUUCUGUAUCUAUAGAACAAUAAUGUUUGAUUGGAUAUCAAAACAUUCAUGAUAUAUUCGGUUGUAAUAGAUGUGAUCUCUCCACACCUGUAUUUAUCCAAAGUAAUAAUUUGGAAAUAUAUACACGAACAUUUCACCUCAAUUAAAUCAUUUAAAAAAAUCAUAUUUAUGUAAAACAUGAUAUAUGUUAUAUAUAUUUCACUAUUAGAAAUACACUAAUGUUUCUAAUACACCAUGCACCUUUCUGUCUUCCCUUGUUGAAAAAUAUUUUAUUCUUCGUAUUCUUAUAAACGGUAUCCUUCUUACUCAAGAUUGCUAAAGAAAAUGUCCCUGUGGCAAUCAGACACAAGUGUUUGAAUAUUAUUGUAAAACAUACUUUGAAAUGAUGUUAUUUAAGGGGCUAGGGGUAGCCUUAUGGUUAAAGUGUUCACGCAUCACACUGAAGGUAGGUUUGAAGUUUACAUGGGUACAUUGAAACCCAUUUGUGCUGGAUUAAAACCAUAUUCACUUGUUAUUUUGGAUGGUUUCCCAGUGAUAUCAGCCUGAUUAACACAUUUCUGGAUUAAAUAUUCAUUGGUGCAAAAUGAUUGAUGAUAUUUAAGGAGUUUCUGGGUAAUCAAGGUCGACACUGACAAGGGUACACAUUAUACACAGCAGUGUGUCAUAACUACAUAUACCAACUGUCUCAGUGUUGAAGAGAGGCAGCACUAUAAUUAUCUUUAUCUAGUUACCAAAAUUAUAGCAAUACAUAGACACUAUGUUUCCAAUGUACACACUUGAUAAUCCACACUGAUCUUUGUGAUGUGGGGAUAAGGGAUAGACAGUCCCUGCUGCAGUGAUUGUUAUAAGAACAACUAAAUGUGUAUUGUUUGAUCACAAUGGCUCACCAAUGUGGUCAGUUCUUGAAUCUGAAACAAACUCACAGCUUAGCCGUGGCUGACGGAUGUCUAUGCAGGAAUAUCCUUAGAAGCCAUUAUUGGGUCCCCAACCUCCAACAAAUGUUAGUCAAUUGCCAAACUGGGAUAAAUAUUUUACUUUACUAUGGUUAUGAAUGUGUGGCAUGCUGAAAUGAUUAGUUCACAGGACCAAUGCAGAGGAAGAAGAUUUUAUGUUUAGUAAUAACUUUUUGCUGUAAAUUCGGAUUGAAAUACCUAUUUAAUUUAGAACUAUACAAACAAGCCCUAUUUUGAACAAAAUAACCUCUUACUAAGAGCAAUAUUUUGAAUCCAUGUUGAAUAGAUCCACUACAAAUAAAGUGUUCAAAGGUGAGUCAAGUCCAACUCGCACACUACUCUUGACAGUUAAUGCAAUGUCAAUUAUUAACUCUUUUCACAAUAUGUUGAACCUUGUUUUUGUUAAUUCUGUCUGCUUUGUACCUUCUGUCACAACAUUCAUGCUGUUCUUGGAAUUUCUGAAAAAUAGUCGUAAAACUUGUUAAGGUUCUCUGGAGGGCCUAUACAUUAAUUAAUAGAUUGUCAUUAACAUUUAUGAAGGUUUGGUGAAAUUGUAUCAAGUUUCUUCUGUCAAGUAAAAGGAAAAGAGAACACAUUGAUGUUCAUUGUCUGGGACUGUAAAAUGAUGUGAUGUGGGGUGUUUGGAAGGGAGUUAGGAAAUUGUGGUAGCCAAUUGACAGUGAUGAAAAUCUAGUAAUUAAUUUAUGGCCUGAAAGAACAUCAUGAAUCUUUUGAAACUAUAAUUUUGUCUGACUGACUGCAGUAGGAGUUUUAUAUGUUGUGAUUACAAAUGUGUUUGUUUUAUGAAGCUUUUCAGUAAAGUUAAGACUAUGAAAAUAUUGCAGCUGUCUGGUAUAAAAGCCUUAGUGUCUGUGUGUGAUUGUAUGGGUGCUUCAAACAUGUGUGAUGGUGUGUCUCUCCACGUUAACACUUCAAUGUGCACAAACUCCUGGUGAAUCAACCAGAGCAGGACAAUGUCUACUAAUCAUGAAUAUGUUCUGGUAUUUCUGUGAUUAAUUGUAUUUACCUGUACACUGAUUGAUCGCUGAUUAAAGUACUCAGUUGUA